AUGCUGGUCACGGUUUUGACGCUCUCUAUGCUAUGCUUCAGGUCCAUUGUCGGCAGGACCGUACUUGAACUUGGGACUGAAGACUCACACCUGAAUCAUUCAUCUGUACCUUUCAAGGCGAGAGACGGCGCCUCGACGACCUUGGUCUGGCCGGAAGGCGGCCCCUCCAUCGAUCAAGUCAUCGACUGGCAAGCUGAGCUUCCACCGGAAGUUGCAAUCUCCUUGUACGCCAUUUCCAAGUGUAAUCAUCGUUGGGUCGGUGAUUUGCUCGCACGCGAAUCAAUGCCUGGAUACCGAUCAUGGGGUCCGACUGUAUCCAUGUAUGACGAGAAAACGUAUCAACGAAACCUGAUAACGGGGAGCUUCCGAGAGAUAAACCCCGAGCGAGCAGCAUGGCCAAAGGCCUAUGUCAACGCUUUGAGUUCCCUCAAGGCGUACGACCCCACAAACAUACUGGGAAGCGGGACCAUGGAAUAUCAAGAUUACCUCAGGCUUUUCACAGGAAUGCCCGUAAGCCGUUGGACAGCGGCACAAUAUAGUCCAGCUCAAUUGAAAUUUGCAAUUGACCGAAGUAACGAAUCGCCAGUACUUUUCGAAACGAGUGACAAUGCAUCGGUCCUACAGAAGAAGACGCUUUACGCGGUUGCUAAUCCUGAUCAUGGACCUGACAAGACUAUUCAAGUUUGGACACCUGGUGCUGAAGGAUCACGGUACAACCCUCAAAACGUUACGCUCGCACAGCUCCAAGCUGAUCUGAGCUCCCUGAGCUCGAUAACUGACUUCAAACGGUGGACGCCUUCAGCUUUCUUGCCUUGCAAUUGGUUGAAUAAUCAGCUCGUCUGUUGA